GGAUCUCGCGCCACGUUAGUUGUCACGGUGACCGUGUACGGUGCAUUUUCCGCUCUGCUGUCUUCACCGGAAACAACACGCUGCGGAUGAUGCUUUUCUACUAUGCGAAAACUAUAUUCAUGAUACCAACAGUUCCAUGGCCAACAAUACGAAGACACAGACGUAGAAACCGUUCUAUAAGGACAUGCAUCUACGAUGUAUCCUCUCUACAACAGGCAAUAUGAGGGAUUUACAGGGGAUGACAAUGAGAUGAGGGACAACAUUCAUAGAAGAACAUGUCACAGUUCUUUCAGCUACUCAUCUUUUGAUGAUGAAGAGGAGUUGGAGGAUGAAGAACAGGUGAAGGCACCUGCGGAGGAGGAGUGUUCCCACAAGAGUGAAGAUGUGUCACGUGUUUCUCCACUACCCAGAACCACCCAGGUGGUAUUUGAGAUCCAGUCGGGAAGGGCUGUGCCUCGCCUCAGGGAGCCCCGACACCUGUACGGUGUGUCUGGACAUGUGUCCCAAACACUGCCCCGCUGGCCCCACGAGUGGGAGGUCAUCCCGGGGGAAAUUCAGCAUAUUGAGUGGGCUCCUCCCUUCCCAGAGCCGCUGUGUGCUCAGAAGAACACCAGCGAGUGGCUGAGACCAGAGUCUGAAGUGGAAGGCACCGUUGUGUAUGACACACAGAGAAAUAAAGAUAACUACUUCCUGGGUUCUCGUGUGGGGGGCCGUCGCUCCUCCCUGACCGCUGCUGCUGUGUCUCUCUCUGGCCCUGAUGACAUCACUCUGCUGUUCGAAGGACGCUUCGAGAGUGGCAACCUGCUGAAAGCAACCAGGGUUGGUGAAUUUGAUUAUGAGCUCUCCCUGCGGACGGACCUGUACACAGAGAAGCACACUCAGUGGUUCUACUUCCGGGUGAGGAACACGAGGGCGGGGGUUCGUUACCGCUUCACCAUCACCAACCUGCUGAAGGUGACCAGUCUGUAUGAAGAGGGGCAGCUGCCUCUGUUCUACUCUGAGGAGGAGGCCCGGAUCCAGGGGGUGGGCUGGCACCGCGUGGGCCAACAGGUCUCCUACCAACGUAACGGACGGCACCACGCCGACCAGCCCUGCUACUCCCUCUCCUGGACCUUUUGCUUCCCUUAUGACCAGGACACCUGUUACCUGGCCCACUGCUUCCCUUACACCUACUCCAACCUGUGGGCCCACCUGUCCGAGAUCGAGCGGGACCCCCACCGCUCGCGGUUCUGUAAGGUACGGACUCUGUGCCGGUCGCUGGCGGGUAACCUGGUUCCGGUGCUGACGGUGACCAACCCAUCCCAUCGUGAGGACAGGAUUCACAAGCCUGCUGUGGUGCUGACCGCCCGGAUACACCCCGGGGAGACCAACAGCUCCUGGGUGAUGAGGGGUAUCCUGAACUUCCUGCUGGGGGACUCUCCGGAUGCGGCGCUACUCCGAGAUGCCUUCGUCUUCAAGCUGGUGCCCAUGCUGAACCCGGACGGGGUUAUAGUAGGAAACUACCGCUGCUCGCUGACCGGACGUGACCUCAACCGCAACUACAAGUCCAUCCUCAGAGACUCCUUCCCUACCGUGUGGGCCACACACACCAUGGUCCAGAGACUGUGUGACGAGCGUAAGGUGCUGCUGUACUGUGAUCUCCAUGGACACAGCCGUAAACACAACGUCUUCACCUACGGCUGUGAGAACCCCAGGCCCGCUGACAGACACCCUCACGAACGAGUCUUCCCUCUGAUGCUCAGCAAGAAUUGCCCUGACAUGUUCUCGUUCGGGAGCUGUAAGUUCAAGGUACAGCGCAGUAAGGAGGGAACAGGCAGAGUGUCUCUGUGGAGGCUGGGGGUCCUCAACUCCUUCACCCUGGAGACAUCGUUCUGUGGCUCUAACAUCGGUAAGAGGAAGGGGACCCAUUUCAGCACUCAGGACCUAGAGAUGUUGGGGGCUCAGUUCUGUGACACACUACUAGACUACUGUGACCCGGACCGGACAAAGUACAGCGCGUGUUUGAGAGAGCUACAGGAGAUCAUGAGACAGGAGGCAGGUUUGCCAAUAGACAUCAAGCCUACAGAUACCUCACUGACCGACCACGAGGCCAGCACGAGUGGAUCCAACAGCUCCCAGACGGAUGGGCCUCCUACUCACCUCCAGGCCUUCGACAAGAUGACGUCCCGUAAGAAGCUGAAGUCCAAGAAGGAGAGGAACAGAUCUCCCCUGGUCAGAGCCAGGGAGAGAGAGGAAAAUGGGGAUAAUGGUGUCAAAAAGACGUUGAAGAAAAGCAAAUAUGUAUUGAAGCCUUUAAAGGCUCCUCCAGCAGUGCCCAGGAGGGAACCUCCAAAAUGGAGGGAGAGACAACUGGUCCCCCCUGAGCCCAGUCCUCCAGAUAAGAAGGCAGUCUAUCGUUCCUUCUGAAUGGAGAGAAAGACUGUUACACUGGUUAUAUUUUUCAUCAUUCUCUUACCCCCCUCAAGUGGUGUAGGAGAAUACUGCGUUCCCACGUUCACACUCACGACAUGAUAUUCAUUUGAACCACUGAAUGUCUGUUUUCUCCUGUUGUGCAUGUAAAUAAGCAUUCCUCUUAAGCAUGUGUUUAUUUCUGCAUCCCUCAGUUAUUCCUUUAUCAUGAUGAUACAUGUUCAGAGCAUGUAUCACCAUCCUCCCUGCGUGUUUCCUCCAGGUAUCUGUCCUAUACCUUGUCUUUGACACAAAGAAGCCGGCCAUGACAUCGAAGUCGGAGUACCUGCAGCACCUGAUGGCUGAUUAUGUGAGGAGCAGGAUGCAGUUGACCCUCAAUGGCUACGACUGGGGUCCUUGCCAGUGCCCCCAGGCCACCCACCUGCCCCACUCACAGCUUCCCCGGGACAACAGAGACGGGGAGCGACUGCCCGGCCUGGCAAAUCUGCCUGUAGGAGACAAGUCCAUCAGAAGGCUCUCCCCAGUCCAGUGGAGAGGACCCACAUCCUACACCGCCCCAUCCAGCCUGCAACUCCCAUCCAACAGAUUCCCUCCACUGCCUCCGGUUCCUGUAAGGGAGUUUGUCUCUGAGCCUGAGGAACUACCCAGCAUGUCAGCAGGGAUGGAAUGGCUGUUUCUGCGACCACUAUGCCCCAUAUUCACCCACCUGGGGACCGACUCAGACUCAGGAGCCUGUUUCCAAAGCACGUGUCAUUCUGAUCCGGCGAGAAUGAAACCCAACAAGAAGAAGCGGAAAGUAACUGAAGAAAU